CACAGUGCAGAGGAAUAGAGGCAUUGGGAAGGAACCACAAACUGCUUGUGCUGAGCUGCUGUUUUCAAAACUGAUGAAGGCAGAAACUCUGAAAGUAAAACUACCUGGAAAGUCCUCUUAGGGAAAGAAGUGAGGUUUUGUUUGCAUGUUAUGGCUCACUUCUGCAAGUCCUAAAAGUCUUCUGAAACGUGAAAGAGAUUCUCCAGUGUGCCUAUGGAAAAGACAGAUGGACUCUCACAUCUUAUUUCUGAAGCAGAGUCACCAUCUGGUGAGCAGAGAUUUAACCAAUUCAUGCAGAAACUGGGAAAGAACCCCAACAGCAAGAAUCUGGAUCUAAAUAACUGUGCACUAAGUGCAGCAGAUGUAGCAGAGCUGGCUUCUUUACUGCCAUUUCUUCAAGAGCUGGAAGAGAUCAGCCUGUCUUGGAAUGGCUGCAUUGGUGGGACUUUGAAAGCUCUCACUGUUCAUCUUCAUCACGUGAACCUGUUGAAAGUCCUUCGACUAAACAACUGCAGGCUGACAGCUGAGGAUGUCAUCUCCUUAGGACAGGCAUCUGAAAUUGUUUCUCAACUUGAAGAACUGGAUUUAUCAUGGAACAGUAACAUCAGUGGAAAACUGUCACUCCUGACAAAAAAACUCCAGAAAGGAUGCAAAUUAAAGCUUCUGAAAAUUACAGACUGUAACCUGACAGCAAAGGAUGGAGAAUCCCUUGCUGAAAUUCUGCCUAUGAUCCCAGACCUCGAGGUAUUAGAUCUCUCUAUCAACACACACAUCGGCUCCAGCAUGAAAGCUAUUGCUCAGGAUCUGAAAAAUGUGCCAGGCUUGAAAGAGUUAAACUUGCACAUGUGUGGAUUAAAGCACGACAGCCUCCAGGGCCUAGAUGCUGCUUUACAGCACCUUGCAGAGCUAAGAAAAUUAGAUAUAUCGUGUAACAAAGAGAUUGGUGGUGGCUUUAAAGACUUCACUGCUCAUUUGGCCAGCUUGAAAAAUCUGGAAAUCCUUGAUCUCCACCAGUGCUGUGUGACAGAAGAGGAUGUGACCGUUUUGUCCCAGGUGAUACCUUUACUCUCCAAUCUUCAGGAGCUGAAUUUAUCUUCAAAUAAAAAUAUAGGAGUCUCACCUGAUCCUCUUCUGGGCAGGCUCAGGUUUUUACCAAAGCUGAAAUCCGUGGCCAUCAGCAACUGUGAUUUAAGUGAAGAGUUGUUUUCAUCACUAGCUGAGGCUGCCCUUCACCUUCCUGAACUGGAGAUAUUAGACCUAUCUUGGAAUAAGUGCGUUGGUGGGAACCUAAAGCUGCUUUUGGGAGCACUAAAGCUUGCAACGGAGAUUCAAGUGUUAAGACUGAGCAGCUGUAACUUGGUGACUGAAGAUUUGACACUUCUAACGUUCCUGGCGCAGGACGGCCAUCUAGGCAGAUUACGGGAGCUGGAUGUGAGUUACAACAACAACAUCUCUGAUGAAGGGUGGCUCCUUUUCUGUCAAGGCUUAGCAGCGUUCAAAGAACUCUCAGUGCUGGAUGUCAGCCUUCGCCCGUCAUCCUGCCGUGACUGCGGGACAUGGUUCAGCGAGCUGCUAGCAGCCCUGCCACAGCUGCCUGCCUUGGCAGAGCUGGGGCUGCAAAGAUGGCUCCUUUCAGAGUCGCAGCGGAAACAACUGGAGAGCUUUAAUCAAGACAACAAAAGAAACAUUCGUUUUGACUGUUGAUGGAGCUUGAAGGUUCCUGAAAGGUCGUUCACAAGCAGCAUGUGCACCCAGCCUUAUGUGUCUCUAACUGAGAAGACGUCCCAGUUUUCAGAACUCUUGCCUUAGGAAAGCUCUUGAAAUUGCUCCACAGUUACAGAGAAGUGUAGUUAUUUAACCUUCUGCAUGCAUGGAUCAUUCCAGCGACUGGCAUAUUCUUUCAGGCUCUCUGAGCCAUGUUCACAGUACUACACGCACUUAGUCGCCCUGUUGUGAAUACCGAAGUGACAGCUGUCAAAAGAGCAGUGGUGAUUUCAGACGGACACACUCAGGUUUGCCAGUGUGGGGAGGAAGUGGCUGGGGUGUGUGCUGAUGCAGGAGGGUGGGCAGUGUGAAUAUGGCCUCGUGUGUAUAUGGAUAAUGUCUUUAAUGUGAAAAUAUCUACAACUUCUGUUUUAAAGUUUAGUUUAUUUUUCCCCAAAA